GUCACUCUCGGGUGUGCCAAACACAGACAGUGCCCGAGUGAACUGGAAUAACGAGUGAAUUCUGCAAAACCAGGCACAAGCACACCCUUGCACCUGCUACCGGAAUAUUGAUAUCUGCGAGAACCUGAGAGCUCACUGAACAUCAUGGAUUCCGACACGAGCCGAGUGUCUAGCAGACCUUCCUCUCCUGAAGGAGAUGACCUUUUCAUGUCCGCAGUAAAGAAGUCCGUUGGUUUUUCAGGUGCCGUCUCCUCCACGCAGAGCGACUCACCUCCGGACUUACAUGGUGCAGAUCUGGGGAGCCUCUCCAGCGCAGAUGAGGAUGGAAUGAGUCUGAAGAUGCUGAGCAAAAAGGACCGCAAACUUCUCUCGGAACCCGAACUUCAGACCAUGCGCCUCAAGAUUAACAGCCGCGAGAGGAAGCGCAUGCACGACCUCAACAUUGCCAUGGACGGUCUACGGGAGGUCAUGCCCUAUGCCCACGGGCCAUCCGUGCGCAAACUCUCCAAAAUUGCCACACUGCUGCUUGCGCGCAACUACAUCCUCAUGCUUAGCAACUCACUCGAGGAGAUGAAACGUCUUGUGAGCGAGAUCUACGGCAGCGGGAGCGGGGCCCAUCACCCCGGUUUCCACCCGUCCAGUUGUGGAAGCCUUGCGCACGCAGCAGCUGCUCAGUUACCGGGUCACCACGCUGCUGUCUCGCAUACCUCUCACCCAGUGCACCAUCCUCUGCUUCCACCAGCAGUCUCCUCCGCCGCGACUCUUUCGGCCCCUGGUCUCUCGGCCGUAAGGUCGCAUCACGGACUUCUCAAGGCACCGUCAGCUGGGCCACUUGGCAGCGGUUUUCAACACUGGGGCGCGGGGAUCCCGUGCCCGUGCAGCAUGUGCCAGGUGCCGCCGCCUCACGUGUCCGGAAUGAGCACCCUCAGCAUGCCACGACUAACCAGUGACUCAAAAUGAACUACCGAACUCAAGAACAGAGUUAAAAAGAACUUUGAAAAGAAACCCAUAGCCUUUUAUAAAAACUGUUUCAACGAUUUGUUCUGGAAAGCACGAGAGAUCAGAUAUGAAGAUGAAUGGAUCAAAGCCACUAACAUAGAAUUUGUUAACACGUUAGAAUAAAAUUAGGGUUUAUUAUAUACAUGUGCAUUUCUGUGUAUGAACUUUGUGAAAAUGGUAUACUCUACUCUUUUUUUAGAAUUCAAAAUCUUGGGACUGCUAUUUAGGAAGGAACAAUUUAAUAUACAAAACAAUGCAUUUACAAAUUAUGUCUAAAGUAAAACUGGCCAACUUCUGCUGCAGUUAAGAGGGCUAUAUAGUUUAAUGGAAAUUUCUAUUAGAUGAGAUUAUACAUUUGAAAUUGUCCUAUAACUUUGGAAACACAUAAUAGGACCGUACUGUGUAAAUAUGUAGAUAGCGUUUGUACAGUUUGAGAGAUUUUAUAUUACUUUUCACAGCUUAUUUGUUUAGGGUCAGAAUCCAUUUGUGAAGCGCUGUCUGUAACAUGAAUUAACAUCUUUAUUUCUUCCUCACUUUUCCUGGUUGUCUUCUGGUUAUCUUUAAUUGAGUUUCUCUUCACUCUUAACUUCACUGUUAUUGCCGAUGCGACGAAUGAUAAACUUUUAUUUUUUAUAAUAAAGUGCAAAAUGAUAUUUAUUUACUUAUUUUGUUGGUAUUUUCAAAUGAAUGUGCGUUGAAUGUUUGGGUUCUAACUGUAUAAUAAAUGUUUAAAAUGA